AUGAAAAUUAAAAAAAAAAAACAACUAUUUUUACCGAAGAUCGAUUAUCAAAUUUUAGAGAUUAGUACAAUUUGCUAAAGCAGAACAUAAGGCAAAUACCCCUUCAUCAUAAAUUUAAUUGUCACUAUUUAAAUAAAGAAGAAAAUAUAGAAAAAAAAGAAGUAAUAAAAAAUUAUUAAUCAGAAAAAGAAGCAUUAAAAAAUAAGUUAAAUUUUGAAAAAAUAAUAAUAUGAAAAAUAAAUCAAAUUUUAUAUCCAUUUAUAUAUUAAAAAUAUGACAAUUAAAACAGAUAAACUCAUUUACCCUAAAUAAACUUAUAAAUUUGUGAUAUUAAGGCACUUUGCUAAAGCUUAUCCUAAAUCUUUUACACCACUUUUACUAAUUUAUUUGCUACUUUUUAAAUAUUGUAGAAAAAAUAAUUAGUUUGUCUAAAGGUAAAUAAAAAUAAAUAAAAUAUUAUAUAUAAAGCAAGAAUCAAAAAAAGUUAAAAAUUAAAAAAAAUAAGAAGAAGGAGAAAAAAAAUUUAUAAUUUGA